UUAUAUAUUCAGAAUUAGGACUCCAGGGUUCAGCAUGUAACUUGUUCACUUCACCUCUAGAAUUGUCUUUUGUGAAAAUGGCUCACUCUGUAAGUAUCAGUGCAGUAACAGGCUAACAGAGGGAUGUGGGUUAAAGGAAGAAUUAGAUUUAGUUUGUUUGUUUACAAAACAUUCUGGGUUCUCAGACAAAAGGUAUUUAUUGCUAGUUAUUUUGUCAUUCUGAGAACUUUCUCUCAUCACGAUCUUUCAAGUCUACAACCCUGAGUGCAAGUCAGUUUGAAAUGCAAGCUCCUGGCCUGCUUCUUUCAUCUGCCCUUCCCCCUGCCCAACACCCAGUACAUUAAAUUGUUGAGCACCAGUACUGUUUUUCCCAUACUUGAUCUAUAAUACCAGAUUCUGUGGGCAGAAAGUGUGUUUGUGGGAAAGCCCUUUGAGGAAGCUGGCUGGAAAAAAGAACUUGGGUUAAGCUGGGAUUUAGGAAACUUGUUGCUGCCAUGUCUGUCUGUUAGCCUGUGAUAGUGAAGACGGCACAUGAAGUUCCAUUCACCUUCUGACUCUAGGCCUGUUUGGAAGUUAAGACCUUUCCUUUUUCUCUCCAGUAUUUAGCCAGAGUGCAGUAUGUUCAUAAUCCUCUUUAUUGAAGAAGCUACACUCCCUGGAAACACCCUCAAGCAGUAUCUCUGCUUCCUUCUCAGUUGAGUCCAUUCUGCAUGAGAUGGUGCUUGCUAAACACCAUCCAAAGGAACAAACUGAGAUUCUUUGAUUUGGGGAAGAGGUUUGGGAGGAUCCUCUCAAAAACUGGCAUGGGACAUGAAGAGGGCCUAGCCCAAGAAAUUUGGAACUUGAAACAGGGAGGAACAGUUCAGACAAAGCUACGGCUCUGCCUUGCCCUCAUGUAUAACAACCCCUGAUGCUCAGACUUGAUUCCCUACUUUGCCCAGGCCAGAGCGGUGUGGCACAGUUGGCUGUCAACAUUCCUGCUACUCUCACUCCCCUUUCCUAUGAAGAGGGCUGCUGAAUUAGGGAAAGGGAGGCCUCUUCUGUUUACCUUCCAUGCCAUCUGGAAAGAGAGCUUAGGCUCCUUGAGUGAAGUGUGGCGCCUCAGUUGUGUGUCCUUGAGGACCAAGGAGUCAUUUGAUAUUAAAGCUUGGAAGCUCAAAGUCUGGCUGUAGCCAUGGGAGACAUGGUGGUGGAGCCUGCCCCCCUGAAGCCAACUUCUGAGCCUACUCCUGGCCCACCAGGGAAUAAUGGGGGCUCCUUACUAAGUGUUAUCACGGAGGGGGUUGGGGAACUAUCAGUGAUUGACCCUGAGGUGGCCCAGAAGGCCUGCCAGGAGGUGCUGGAGAAAGUCAAGCUUUUGCAUGGAGGUGUGGCCAUCUCUAGCAGAGGCACCCCACUGGAGCUCGUCAAUGGGGAUGGUGUGGACAGUGAGAUCCGUUGUCUAGAUGAUCCACCUGCCCAGAUCAGGGAGGAGGAAGAUGAGAUGGGGGCAACUGUGGCCUCAGGCACAGCCAAAGGAGCAAGAAGGCGUCGGCAGAACAACUCCGCCAAACAGUCUUGGCUGCUGAGGCUGUUUGAGUCAAAACUAUUUGACAUCUCUAUGGCUAUUUCAUAUUUGUAUAACUCCAAGGAGCCUGGCGUGCAAGCCUACAUUGGCAACCGGCUCUUCUGCUUUCGCAAUGAAGAUGUGGACUUCUAUCUGCCCCAGUUGCUUAACAUGUACAUUCACAUGGAUGAGGACGUGGGUGAUGCCAUUAAGCCCUACAUAGUUCACCGUUGCCGCCAGAGCAUUAACUUUUCCCUCCAGUGUGCCCUGUUGCUUGGGGCCUACUCUUCAGACAUGCACAUUUCCACUCAACGACACUCCCGUGGGACCAAGUUACGGAAGCUGAUCCUCUCAGAUGAGCUAAAGCCAGCUCACCGAAAGAGGGAGCUGCCCUCCUUGAGCCCAGCCCCUGACACAGGGCUGUCUCCCUCUAAAAGGACUCACCAGCGCUCUAAGUCCGAUGCCACUGCCAGCAUAAGUCUCAGCAGCAACCUGAAACGAACAGCCAGCAACCCUAAAGUGGAGAAUGAAGAUGAGGAGCUCUCCUCCAGCACCGAGAGUAUUGAUAAUUCAUUCAGUUCCCCUGUCCGGCUGGCCCCUGAGCGAGAAUUCAUCAAAUCCCUGAUGGCGAUUGGCAAACGGCUGGCCACACUCCCCACCAAAGAGCAGAAAACACAGCGGCUGAUUUCAGAGCUCUCCCUGCUCAACCAUAAGCUCCCUGCCCGAGUCUGGCUGCCCACUGCUGGCUUUGACCACCACGUGGUCCGUGUGCCCCACACACAGGCUGUUGUCCUCAACUCCAAGGACAAGGCUCCUUACCUGAUCUACGUGGAAGUCCUUGAAUGUGAAAACUUCGACACUACCAGUGUCCCUGCCCGGAUCCCUGAGAACCGAAUUCGGAGCACACGAUCGGUAGAGAAUCUGCCUGAAUGUGGUAUCACGCAUGAGCAGCGGGCUGGCAGCUUCAGCACUGUGCCCAACUAUGACAAUGAUGAUGAAGCCUGGUCCGUGGAUGACAUAGGCGAGCUGCAGGUGGAGCUCCCUGAAGUGCACACCAACAGCUGUGACAACAUCUCCCAGUUCUCCGUGGACAGCAUCACCAGCCAGGAGAGCAAGGAGCCUGUGUUCAUUGCAGCAGGGGACAUCCGACGGCGCCUUUCCGAACAGCUGGCUCACACCCCCACAGCCUUCAAACGAGACCCAGAAGACCCCUCUGCAGUUGCUCUCAAAGAGCCCUGGCAGGAAAAAGUACGGCGGAUCAGAGAAGGCUCUCCCUAUGGCCAUCUCCCCAAUUGGCGGCUUCUGUCAGUCAUUGUCAAGUGUGGGGAUGACCUUAGGCAGGAGCUGCUGGCCUUCCAGGUGUUGAAGCAACUGCAGUCCAUUUGGGAACAGGAGCGAGUGCCACUUUGGAUCAAGCCAUACAAGAUUCUUGUGAUUUCGGCAGACAGUGGCAUGAUUGAACCAGUGGUCAAUGCUGUGUCCAUCCACCAGGUGAAGAAACAGUCCCAGCUCUCCUUGCUCGAUUACUUCCUACAGGAGCAUGGAAGUUAUACCACUGAGGCAUUCCUUAGUGCCCAGCGCAAUUUUGUGCAAAGUUGUGCUGGCUAUUGUUUGGUCUGCUACCUGCUGCAAGUCAAGGACAGGCACAAUGGGAACAUCCUUCUGGAUGCAGAAGGCCACAUCAUCCACAUUGACUUUGGCUUCAUCCUGUCCAGUUCACCCCGAAACCUAGGCUUUGAAACAUCAGCCUUUAAGCUGACCACAGAGUUUGUGGAUGUAAUGGGUGGCCUGAAUGGGGAUAUGUUCAACUACUACAAGAUGCUGAUGCUGCAAGGGCUGAUUGCGGCUCGGAAACACAUGGAUAAGGUGGUGCAGAUCGUGGAGAUAAUGCAACAAGGUUCUCAGCUGCCUUGUUUCCAUGGCUCCAGCACCAUUCGUAACCUCAAAGAGAGGUUCCACAUGAGCAUGACUGAGGAGCAGCUCCAGCUGCUAGUGGAACAGAUGGUGGAUGGCAGCAUGCGGUCCAUCACCACCAAACUCUACGACGGCUUCCAGUACCUCACUAAUGGCAUCAUGUGACACCCUCCUUCUCAGGCCCAAGAAUAGUGGGGGAUCCAGGGCACCUUUCCUGGGAGGGCCCUUGUCAAAGAAACCUCAAACCAUGAAACCCCACCUACCCAACCAUCCACCCAAGGGAAAUGGAAAGCAAGAAAAACAAAGGAUCAUGUGGUAACUGCGAGAGCUUGCCAGGGGUGGAAAAGCCAGCCAUGGAGUCCAGACUUGCUGGGGCUUCCUUGUCCCCUGCUGUGUCAGUAUUAUCACCUGACAAGACUACAGAACUCAUUGCCCUCCAGAGAGCAGAGGUGAUGAAUGUGAUGCACCAGGGUCUGAGAGGUCCUUUCCACAAACCAUCCUUAAAUCUUUCCUGGGUCCCAGCAAGGUCGGGGGAUGAAUGGGUUCUUGGUACUUAGGAUUUGAUCCUAUAGUUGGCCUUUGGCCAUGCUGCUGCCCAACUCGAUCCUCUGCCAGUGACUGACCCCUAGCCUAAGUUCCUUGAUAAGUGGGUUCUGCCAUAAGGUCCUGCACUUGCUGAGGUUCCCCAUCAUGGGAGUGAGGAAGGGCAUUACCACAAUCCCUCCAGUACGUUGAGGGUAUUAGCCUAACCAUGGGGAAUUCCUUAUCCGGAUCCCUUCCUUACACCCAGGGAGAUAGCUUUCAGUUUUUUUAAAUUUUUGUUUGAAAUAAAGUCCUUAGUUAGCCAUCUGUGUCAUGCCUUCAUACCUGAAUUGUUCCCGGGGGGAGGUGGGGAAAUAGGGGUGGAAGCUGCAUUGAAUAUAUAAGACACCACACAGAAGAGAUUGCUUUUCCCUGCCUACCUUGGUCAAUACCACUUCUCCCCUGAGAAGGGCCUCCCCAGUUCUGAUUCUCAC